GGCGGGCUGGGAGGCGGUGCGCUUUCUUCCUCUCCUUUACACGCGGUUGAGGAAACCGGUAGGCCUGAGCCGCUCGUGCUGAAUAAUGCCGGGAAAACUACGCAGUGAGUCUAGGUUGGGAUCAGUCGCGGCCGAGGAAAGCAUGCCAAGCGAGAAGAAAACUAGAAAAGAGAAGACAAAAUCUAAGACCAAAGAAGCAACAGAAGGAAUGGAAGAAACUGUUUCCUCCAAAGCUAAAGCAGUUAAAAAGAAAGGGUCUUCUGAAGAUGAAGGAAUGGAAGAAACUGUUUCCUCCAAAGCUAAAGCAGCUAAAAAGAAAGGGUCUUCUGAAGAUGAAGGAAUGGAAGAAACUGUUUCCUCCAAAGCUAAAGCAGUUAAAAAGAAAGAGUCUUCUGAAGAUGAAGGAAUGGAGGAAACUGUCUCCUCCAGAGUUAAAGCAGCUAAAAAGAAAGGGUCUUCUGAAGAUGAUGUAGAUCCCCCUAAGUCGAAGAAGGCCAAAAAGCAAGAAGAGGCACCUGAAGAUGACACUGCCUCUAAAAGCAAAACCUCCAAGAAGAAAAAAGAACCCCUUGAGAAGAAAGCGGCCCCUGCUAAAACCAAAGAAAUAAAUAUCGAGGAGCCUUCCGAGGAAGAUGCAGAUGCUCCUAAGCCCAAGAAGACAAAGAAGGGGAAGGAAGCCAAUGGAGACAUUGGCGAAAAAAGCCCUAAGCUCAAGAAUGGAUUCUCUCAUUCUGAGUUGAAUUCCACCUCCAAAGAAGCUACUGGUGAAGGAAGCAGUGAAAGUAGUGAGGCGGAGAAGGAAAUAACUGUGGAACAGAAAGAAGGAGCUUUCUCUAAUUUUCCCAUAUCUGAAGAGACUGUCAAGCUUCUCAGAGCUCGUGGAGUAAACUUCCUAUUUCCUAUACAAGCCAAGACAUUCCACCAUGUAUACAGUGGGAAAGACUUAAUUGCCCAGGCGCGGACGGGAACAGGGAAGACAUUCUCCUUUGCCAUCCCUUUGAUUGAGAAGCUUCAGGAUGGGCUACAAGACAGGAAGAGAGGCCGUGCCCCUCAGGUGCUAGUUCUCGCACCUACAAGAGAAUUAGCAAAUCAAGUGAGCAAAGACUUCAGUGACAUCACAAAAAAGCUGUCAGUGGCUUGUUUUUAUGGUGGAACUCCCUACGGUGGUCAGAUCGAACGUAUGCGGAGUGGGAUUGAUAUCCUGGUUGGGACCCCGGGUCGUAUUAAAGACCACCUACAGAAUGGCAAGCUAGAUCUCACUAAACUUAAACAUGUUGUCUUGGAUGAAGUUGACCAGAUGUUGGAUAUGGGUUUUGCUGAUCAAGUGGAAGAAAUUUUAUGUGUGGCAUACAAGAAAGAUUCUGAAGACAACCCCCAAACAUUGCUUUUCUCUGCAACUUGCCCUCAUUGGGUGUUUAAUGUUGCUAAGAAAUACAUGAAAUCUACAUACGAACAGGUGGACCUGAUUGGUAAAAAGACUCAGAAAGCAGCCAUAACUGUGGAGCACUUGGCGAUUAAGUGUCACUGGAGUGAGAGGGCCGCGGUUAUUGGGGAUGUGAUCAGAGUGUACAGUGGUCAUCAAGGGCGCACCAUCAUCUUCUGUGAAACCAAGAGAGAAGCCCAGGAACUGUCACAGAACUCAUGCAUAAAGCAGGAUGCCCAGUCUUUACAUGGCGACAUUCCACAGAAGCAAAGAGAAAUCACCCUGAAAGGUUUCCGAAAUGGCAGUUUCGGAGUUUUGGUCGCAACCAAUGUUGCUGCACGUGGGUUAGACAUCCCUGAGGUUGACUUGGUUGUUCAAAGCUGUCCACCAAAGGAUGUGGAGUCCUAUAUUCACCGUUCAGGGCGGACAGGCAGAGCUGGAAGGACAGGGGUUUGCAUCUGCUUUUAUCAACACAAGGAAGAAUACCAGUUAGCACAAGUGGAGCAGAAAGCGGGAAUUAAAUUUAAACGGAUAGGUGUUCCAUCUGCAACAGAAAUAAUAAAAGCCUCCAGCAAAGACGCAAUCAGGCUUUUAGAUUCUGUGCCUCCUACCGCCGUUGGCCACUUCAAGCAGUCUGCUGAGAAGCUGAUUGAGGAGAAGGGAGCUGUAGAGGCCCUGGCAGCCGCGCUGGCCCACAUUUCAGGGGCCACAUCAGUUGACCAGCGCUCCUUGAUCAACUCACAAGCGGGAUUUGUGACCAUGGUCCUACGGUGCUCAAUUGAAAUGCCCAACAUUAGUUAUGCUUGGAAAGAACUUAAGGAGCAGCUGGGCGAGGGCAUUGAUGCGAAAGUGAGGGGAAUGGUCUUCCUCAAAGGAAAACUGGGAGUUUGUUUUGAUGUCCGCACUGAAGCAGUCACAGAAAUACAGGAGAAGUGGCAUGAUUCAAGACGCUGGCAGCUCACUGUGGCCACAGAGCAGCCGGAGCUGGAAGGGCCCCUGGAAGGAUAUCGAGGCAGCAGGGGCCAGCGGGAUGGCAGCCGUGGUGCCUUCAGAGGACAGCGGGGUGGAAGCAGGAACUUCAGGGGACAAGGGCAGCGAGGAGGAGGAGGAGGAGGAAAUAGAAACUUCAGAGGUGGCAACAAAGGCCAGAAGCGGAGUUUUAGUAAAGCGUUUGGUCAGUGAGUAGAGGCUGGAAGGAGCUGUUCAUACUGUGGCGCCCAGUGUCCUUCCCACUAUCAGAGACCCCAGUGCUUCCUUCGUUUUGAUCAUCCGCCCAGGCCCCAUUCCUUGCAGAGACAGACUUCGGAACUGUUUGAUCUUACCAUCAUCAACUGUCUUCAUUUUAAAAGGGGGUAGGAAUUCAGUGCAGCGUUUUCCAAAGUAGUCAAGUAAAGCUAACCACAGAUCUGCCUGUCCUUGUUUGUUGACUUUGCAAGUUCAUCUGUGUGUGCACUAGCGCCUGAACCCAGGACCUCACACAUGCCUAGCACGCACAUGCCCUACAACUAAACUCUGUCUCUAGUCCCUGGAACUGUAUUACUCCUCCAAAGAAAGUCAUUGAGGACCACAUGAGUCGGGUUUUUCUUCCCCCUGAUACUUGACCUGACAACUGCUGGUGUCUGUGUGUCUGCUGAGGUUUCACUGAACAGUGCUUUCCAGAGCCAUUUCAGACAGUGUCUAAAGCUAAGUCCCAAGUGUCUGAAGUCUCUGGGCUUUUUUUUGGGCAGAGAUAAGACUGGAUAGGUGUAUCUGCUUGUGCCCUUCUUUUGGAAGAAAUGAUUAAGGGAAGAGGGAGCACAGCUGGUUUAGCUGAAGAAUGUUUCAGAGAAGCCACAAGAAGUUCUUCAUCUUCACAAGUGAGGAGACAGGCAGGACGGAGAACGCUUGCUUUGAAUGAUGACCAUGAGUCAUGACUCUUCAGGGACUGUAUCUACCAGUGGACAGUCUGGGGGUUAUUUAAGGGUAAAAUGGGACAAUUUUCUCAGUGACCUAGAUCUUAGGCCACAGUGUAAGAUCUGUUUCGGUCGGGUUGCUUUUCCAUGGAAAAGUUAACAACGCUUAGAGAAUUCUAAGACAAGCUACACCAUUUGAAGUUGUUGCUUUGCCGGAACUGAAGAACUCUGUGGUACCUGACCCAGUAAUAACUGCCCAAGUUCUUCCUCUGGGGAACCAUCCUACCUAGCACAGAAGCUCAAGUGGUGGGGUCCUCUUGCCUUCUUAGACAUUCUCUACAGGGAAGCUUAGAAGGACAACACGAAUCACAUGCUGCCACAUUUUCUCUGGUUGUUUAGAUCAACUGAGGUAGAUCUUCAGGCUCACCCUCUGAUGUUAGUGUGAGCACUGCCACCUAGGGUUUUUGGGAACACCUGGCACCAAAGGGCUCUGACCACCAAAUCCUCUUCAGAUCCAGCUUUGCCUUGGACUCUGACCAGAUGGCUCUUGUCCUCUGUGCUUGGAGUUCUUUGGGAUUUUUACUUUGUUGAUGACUCUUAUAGUAAGUUUUGCUUUUGCCCAAUUACUGGGCAUGCUUUAGUGAGACAUUUCACAUGCUGGCUGUUCUUUCAGAAGGAGGGGCUGAAACCUUUUUGGAUAUUGUAUCAGCCUGUGGAAAAAUGAUCUGCCAUAAAUCAAACCGUGAGGGAAAAGAUGAAUAGGAAUCUCAUUUACACAUCAUAAGUAAAACAUCACUCUGAACAAAUACAGGUUUCUUUGUCCCAGAAUCUAAACUAUAUGUAUAAUUCAGCUGUUAUUUGGCUUAAAUAGGGUUAUUGGGAAAUGUUAUCAUUUUUACUAUUUUCUACAGAGAAAAUAUUUUCCAGCUGCAAAUAACUCUGGACUUUUGAAUUAUAUGUUCAAGAUGUCUGUGUAUUGUUUCUCCUGCCAUUGUACAUAAAAUGUUUUUGCAUUCAAAUGAGUUCCUGUAUAAAGUACUGCAUUAUGCCAUAAUAAAGAUAUUAAUGCUUCAUA